AUGGAUCUUGAAAGCGUGUUCCAGGAUCAUGUCAACCUCUAUGAACUGCUUGGUAUAGUGGUGGAGGGCCCCGAAGACCUGGCGAAGUUGAGCCCUUUACAAAUUCGCCGCAAUUUCAGACAGCAGGCUCUGAAACAUCAUCCCGAUAAAAAUCGCCAAGUUUCUGACUCUAGACAGAAGUUUCAUCAGCUGGACAUAGCCGCUAAGAUAUUGAGUGACCCAAAGUUGAGGAGUGCAUACGACCAGUGGUUUAUCGGUGUGUUUUUUGAACAACAGAUUGCAAAUGAAGCCAGACAGGAGCAAACUCGAAAGCUCUACCAAAGAGAAAUGGCUGUUAAAAGAGAUAGGACACAAGGCACGCCUAACAUAGCUGUUUUUGAAGAGCAUGGACAAUAUCUGCGGAAGCUCAAGCACUUCAAAUUACCUUACGGCGACUGGAAACGCAUGGAUUAUUCACCCGAAAAUACCAAUCGCAAGUUAACAAAGUCGUGCACACUCAGGUUUGAGUUGCAAAAUCACAAAUUACUGCAGAGUAAACAAGAACUUGGUGAUUUGAUGUCCAAUGCCCUCCAAGUACGGCUUGUUGACCUCUACUACUCGCCUAGAAAUGACUACAGCGCCGAUAGCACCAUAGUCGCUUAUGCGGUUUUACCUCAUAUUAAUGAUACGCUUCGGGUGCUCACAGAAUGGAAUGUCAAGAAACCUUGUUCGGAUAGCAGCCCCUUCUUUUCUUAUAUUGAAGAUAUUUCGCCAAAAACACAACACACUUCUUUCACAUUUACUAAUCAAGAGCAGCUGAGACCGUACAUCAAAGAAAGGUUAGGCCGUAGCCCCGUAAUUAGUAGAUAA